GCCGCUCUUAUUCGUCAUCAGAGACUGUAUUUUAUGAUCGGCGGUAAACGUCAAGCGGCGAAUUUUAUUUUCGAUUAUUAAUAAAUCGUCAUCACGUCUUUCCAAUUUGCAUCUUUUGGAAAUAACAUGGUACGAGGUCGCGGGGGAAUGAUCAGAGGCGGUCGAGGAGGUAUGGGGCGUGGAAUGGGUUUUCCACGAAAACAAUUUUUACCACGUCAUCCAUUUGACUACACGCUAUGUGAAGCUGCUUUUCCACGUGUUAAACCUGCACCGGAUGAAUCAGAUUUUCAAACAGCUCUUUUGAAAAAGAAUUCUGAUAUGUGUCCUACACCAAAGGAGCAGACUUCCAUUUUAAAUCUUGUAACUAAACUGCAGAGUGUUCUUGAUAAUUUGAUUGUUGCACCAGGAACUUUUGAAGCUUGUCAAUUAGAAGAAGUAAGACAAGUUGGCAGUUUUAAGAAAGGCACAAUGAUAAAAGGUCACAAUGUUGCUGACAUUGUUGUUAUUCUAAAAACUCUACCGACGAAAACGGCAGUGGAAGCUCUCGGGAACAAGGUCAAUAAUGAUCUAAAAGCUGUAAAUCCCAAAGAGAUAUUCAGAGUUAUACAGACGGAACGGGGAUUCGAUAUUGCUAAUAAUGAAGCCACUGUGCGUGUAUUAAUAACCACGCUGCACCAAAAUCUACGCAAACUGGAAUCUGAUCAACAUUUAGAUGUCAAAAUUUGUCAAGGUCAUCUUGCUGCUAUAAGACAUUCCCGUUGGUUCGAGGAAAAUGCUCAUCAUUCUAGCAUUAAGGUCUUAAUACGCUUACUUCGAGAUCUCAGAAACAGAUUCGAAGGUUUGGAGCCAUUAUCCCCAUGGAUGUUGGACUUAUUGGCACACAACGCCAUAAUGAACAAUCCCAGUAGACAAGCAUUGCCCAUUAAUCAGGCGUACAAAAGAGUAUUACAGUUACUCGCUUCUGGACUAUUCCUCCCAGGAUCAGCAGGUAUUUCCGAUCCGUGCGAGGGCGGUAAUAUACGCGUACAUACUGCGAUGACGCUCGAACAACAGGAUCUCGUAUGUCUCACUGCUCAGACAUUAUUGCGCGUAUUAGCUCAUGGCGGCUACAGACCAUUGUUGGAAGGCUCUAACAAACUCGCGGUGGAGAUGAGUGUAUGGGCGGGUGGUGUAGUGGCAAGUCCGUUAGACAAAGCGUACGAGCCACCCACGGAACAGGAACAGCAGGAGGAUAUGGACGAGAGUAAUGAAGAAAUGAUUACUGAAAGCAUUUAGAAAUUUAGGUAAUGUGCACUUUUCGUGCGGCGAGAUUUCUCCUUUUCUUGAUGAAACAAAAUGAUGCUUUUACUUUCUUAUUGUUAUUUCUUAUAAAAUGCUGUGUGUAUUUAAAUUUACAAAUAUAUUUCGAUAGUUUCGUCGAUAA